UUAUAUUCUAAAGAUUUUGACUUUUAGGUUGACUUUUCUGGUUUGGAUAUGGCAGCUUCAUCAUCAUCAUCACCUCUUCUUCUCCUCCACAAGCCAACCUGCAAUUUCUAUUUCGCUGCUUCCUCUGUUUCUUCUUACAUCGCUUCUGCUCGAUUUCGAAUCUUCCCUUUGAAUCGAAGAAGAAGAAUAAUCUGGUCUCUCUCUCGCUCUAAUUCUAUGGCCGAUGAUUUAGUCAAAGUCAAUGCUCGCAGAGACGGCGAAGAACGAUCUCAGGCGCUCGAGCAAGAGGCCUUCAUCAAUAAUUCUUCGGAGAUUCAGAACGACGCCGGCGGCGGGAUUGAAGCCGUCGCUAAUCGUCUGCAGAGCAAAUGGAUUGUAGCUGGUCUAUUUGGAUCUGUUCUGCUUCUACGGCAUGAUGGUGCAGCUUUGUGGGCUGUGGUUGGAUCAGUUUCAAAUUCCGCGCUUUCUGUAGCUUUGAAACGUUUACUUAACCAAGAGAGACCCGUUGCUACACUGCGUUCUGAUCCUGGGAUGCCAUCUUCUCACGCACAAUCCAUUUCUUUCAUCUCUGUGUUUACUGUCUUGUCUGUUAUGGAGUGGCUUGGAACCAAUGUACUCUCUCUGAUCCUUAGUGGCCUCGUCCUCGCAUUGGGUUCUUACUUUACAUGGUUAAGGGUUUCUCAGAAGCUUCACACAACAAGUCAAGUGGUCGUAGGUGCGAUCGUUGGUUCUGUUUACUCCACCUUAUGGUAUGUAAGUUGGAACUCACUUGUUCGUGAAGCCUUUACCUCAUCAUUCUCAGUACAAGUAGCUGUCUUUCUGGUUGCUGCUGCGUCUGCUUUAGGUUUUGCAGUAUAUGUGCUACUUAACUGGUUUAAAGAUGACAGAUGAUAGACUGAUAAUUAUCAGUACUUAGGAUGUAUAAGGAAUGAAAUUGUAUGGAGGUGAGGUUUGGGGCUGAUGUUUGCUUAAUAGUCCCUCAGCCAUCAUUUUAGUUUGCCUUCCAUUAUAUUGUUGGUCUUGUUAUUAGAUCAUACGAUUUAAAAGCUUUUCUGCUGAAUUAACCCUUUUCACUGUG